UCGUCGCAGCUGCUCACCGUCAAAGCUUCGACAACGUGGAUGACGCUGGGGGUGGAGCUCUUGUGUGCCUGGGCGAGCUCGGGGACUAGAGGAGAAAUGGAUGAUGGAACUGGUGGUGUUCAAGAAUCAAGUGACAUGUCGAUUUCAAGCGAUGAUGACACCAAUAAGCAACGGAAUGAAAGCAAUGUGGAACUUGAACAUGACCUUGGUGAAGCUCAACCAGCCUUACUUGGAGACCCUAAAUUGGGGAUGGCCUUUGAUACUGAGAAUGAGGUGCGAGAGUACUACAACAACUACGCUAAAGCAAAGGGCUUUGGUGUGACAAAAAGAAGCUCAAACAAUGAUGAUAAUGGACAGCUGAAGUAUCUUACACUUUCGUGCUCUCGGUAUGGUAAGACUCAGUCCAGAUCAAGAAAUAUGUUGAAACCAAAUCCAACAACCGGGUUAGGAUGUAAAGCUAAAAUCAAUAUUAUCUGUGGUCCUGAUGGGAAGUUUCAUCUUUCAACUAUCAUUUUAGAUCAUAAUCAUACAUUAAGUCCACACAAGUCUCGGUUAUUCAGAUGCAACCAAAAGUUAGACUUCCAUGUGAAGCGAAGGCUUGAGCUGAAUGACCGGGCUGGAAUUCGAGUAAACAAGAAUUUCAAUUCUUUUGUUGUGGAAGCAAAUGGUCAUGAGAACCUAACUUUUGGUGAGAAGAAUGCUCGCAAUUUUCUAGAGAAAACAAGAAGGUUGAAACUUGGCAGAGGUGAUGCUGAAGCGGUUCUUGAUUAUUUUGUCAAGAUGCAAUCCGACAACCCAAAUUUGUUCAGUGUCAUGGACCUUGAUGAUGAAUCUCGACUAAGGAAUGUCUUUUGGGCUGAUGCAAGAAGUAGAGCAGUGUAUGACUCUUUUCAUGAUGUCGUUAGUUUUGACACAACAUAUUUGACGAACAAAUAUGAUAUGCCUUUUGCUUGUUUUGUCGGAGUGAAUCAUCAUGGACAAUCAGUUUUGCUUGGAUGUGCUCUAUUAUCAAAUGAAGAUACCGAAACAUUUGUUUGGUUAUUUCAAGCAUGGCUCACAUGUAUGUCAAAUCUCCAUCCAAAAGCUAUUGUAACCGAUCAAGCAAAAGCAAUUCAGAAUGGUGUGGAAAGAGUUUUUCCAGAAUCUCGAUAUAGAUGGUGUUUGUGGCAUAUAAUGAAGAAGAUACCCGAGAAGUUUGGUGGAUAUGAUGAGUAUGAUCACAUUAAGGCUGCUAUUGGCAAGGCAGUUUAUGAUUCAUUAACAAUUACAGAGUUUGAAGUUGCUUGGAUGCAUAUGCUUGAGAAGUAUGAUCUUGGUGAUAACGAAUGGCUUAAAGGGCUUUACCGCCAUAGGCACCGAUGGGUUCCAGUAUUUGUGAAAGAUGCCUUUUGGGCAGGUAUGUCUACUACACAACGUAGUGAGAGUAUGAAUGCCUUCUUCGAUGGGUAUGUUAAUGCAAAAACUACAUUGAAGCAUUUUCUUAGCCAAUAUGAGAAUGCUCUUCGUGAUAAAGUUGAGAAGGAGAAUAUUGCUGAUUUCAACUCUUUCAAUUCAACCAUACCUUGCAUCACACACUUUGAUAUCGAGAAGCAAUUUCAAUCAAUCUAUACAAAUUCAAAGUUCAAAGAAUUUCAAGAAGAGCUAACACACAAGAUGUAUUGUGAUCGGAAGUUAAUAGAAAAAAAAGGGGCAAUGGAAACAUAUGAAAUAACUGAGGAUGUGCUGAUUGACAAAGAAAAAUGGUGGGGAAAAGAUAUUGUGUACCAUGUACAAUUCAGUGAGGAAGAGUUUGAAGUUAAGUGUCCAUGUCGCCACUUUGAGUUCAGGGGGAUUCUCUGUAGGCAUGUGUUAUGUGUGCUCACUCACAAGAAAAUCAAGGAGGUUCCUCCACAAUACAUUCUUGAUUGGUGGAGAAAAAAUGUGAAAAGAAAACAUAACUUCAUCAGAUGCACAUAUGGCGGCAUGGAAGAUACUCCUGUUGCAAAUCGUUUUGAUAGAUUGUGCAACAGUUUCUACCCAGUUGCAGAGAUAGGCGCCAUGUCAGAUGAUUCAUGCAAUUCAUUGAUUGAAGAUCUCUGCACCUUGAAAAUUAAGUACUCUAGCAACUCAAGUUCUGAAAAUAAUAAGGAUCAGGUUAGUGCACCAAAAGAUCAAUUGCAGGAAGAGGCGCCUUCUGAUGGGAAGACAACAAGUAAAACUAUACUAAGUCCAAUAGCUGUUAGAUGUGCUGGACGUCCUCCUUCAUUGAGAAAAGAAUCCAAGGUUGAUAAGCUUAUACGUCAAGCAAAUGAAAAGAAGAAGAAAGCUGAACUAAGGGAGAAGAAAAAGGCUGCACAAGAAGAGAAGAAGGCUGCACAAAAGGAAGCUGAACAAAAGGUAUUCUCCCUAUAUUAUGUUUUUAUUCUGUGAAAAUAAUAACCCAAACUCGUGCGUGUUUUCUUACUAAGUAUUUAUUUCAAGCUC